CGCGUUAAUUAAAUUAAAUUUAUCAGUGGUACAGUGUAUAUAGUCUAAUCACGGUAUGUAUAGUGUGAAUCUUUAAAUAAUAUUUGAGGUUAUGUUUAAAUCUCAGUGCUGGUGAAUGUGAAUGGUGAAACGCACGUAAACACACGUGAGUCGUUGAUAAUUGUUGCGUUGUAUAAAUUUUAUAAAAUAAAUAUAAAAAGAAAAAAAUGAAGUUGAAAGAUUUGCGUAAAAAUCCAUUGAGCCGUAAAAAGCCACCGCAGGAUGACGAAGAAGUUGAAAUUAAAGAAGAAUCUGGUGAAAGUGCGGGCAAAAAAAAGAAGGUUAGAUUCCCAUCAGACACUAAUUUUAACCACAUAAAAUGCAAAGCCGUGAGGCAGAUGAAGGUCCAGAAGAUGCUGAAGGAAAAGGCCAAGGAAAAAAAAGCCGCGAAGAAAAAGCGGAUCCAAGAAGGAGCUCCAAAAGGUGUCACUCAUACUAUUGAAAGUUUGAGGGAAAAAGAUGAGACUAUGAUCAGUGGAGACCUAGAUGAUGAGGAAAACGCUGAGCUGAAAGCCGAGCUGAUGAACGAUGAGUUCGCUGAUUAUUAUAAAAAAGACUACGAGCCAAAAGUUCUGAUAACUUACUGCGAUAAUCCCACCAGGAAGACGAGGAUCUUUGGCAGAGAACUUACACGGAUUAUUCCAAACUCAAUUUCUCUUUAUCGAAACCGCUCUGGUGUUAAAAAGAUGGUAAAGUCUGCUACUGCUAGAGGAUUCACUGACAUUGUUGUUAUUAAUGAGAAUCAAUGCAAGCCAAAUGGUAUGCUGGUCGUACACUUACCAGAUGGUCCAACGGCUUUGUUCAAGCUCAGCAAUGUUAAGAUAACGCCUGAAUUAAAACGGAGUCAUAAAGAAAUAACAGAUCACAGGCCAGAAGUGAUAUUAAAUCAUUUUUCCACGAGACUAGGUCACACUAUUGGACGCAUGUUAGGUGCUUUGUUUCACUAUCAACCUGAAUUCAAAGGUCGCAGAGCUGUCACGUUCCACAACCAGCGUGAUUACAUAUUUUUCAGGCAUCACAGGUAUGAAUUUGAUUUAGAAAAAGGCAAAGCCAAAUUACGUGAGCUAGGUCCAAGAUUUACUUUGAAAUUGCGCUCGCUUCAGCACGGGACUUUUGACAGUAAAUAUGGAGAGUAUGAAUGGAUCAUCCAAGGCCGUCGUCAUGCGAUGGAAACAAGCAGAAGAAAAUUCUUCUUGUAGUUUUAUUUGCUUACAAUAAAACAUAGGCUAAUUGAUUUAUUAAUCAUGAUAUAAAAAUAAAAGUCGAACUUGAAUAUUUAAUAAAAAA